AUGAGCGGUGCUCACCACCAUGUUAUGUGGCAAACCACCCAGCACCUCCCUUCCUCCUCUCUCAGCACCUCCCUUCCCCCUCCCUUGGCACCUCCCUUCCCCCUCUCACCUCACCUCCCUUUCCCCUUCCUCGUCUCUCUUCCACAUCUCACAUCAACUCCAUUCCCCCUCUCAGUGCACCUUCUCCCCCCCUCUGUCCUCUCCUCCUUCCCCCUCUCAGCGCACCUUCUCCCCCCCUCUGUCCUCUCCUCCUUCCCCCUCUCAGUGCACCUUCUCCCCCCUCUGUCCUCUCCUCCUUCCCCCUCUCAGCGCACCUUCUCCCCCCCUCUGUCCUCUCCUCCUUCCCCCUCUCAGCGCACCUUCUCCCCCCCUCUGUCCUCUCCUCCUUCCCCCUCUCAGUGCACCUUCUCCCCCCCUCUGUCCUCUCCUCCUUCCCCCUCUCAGCGCACCUUCUCCCCCCCUCUGUCCUCUCCUCCUUCCCCCUCUCAGCGCACCUUCUCCUCCCCUCUGUCCUCUCCUCCUUCCCCCUCUCAGCGCACCUUCUCCCCCCCUCUGUCCUCUCCUCUUUCCCCCUCUCAGUGCACCUUCUCCCCCCCUCUGUCCUCUCCUCCUUCCCCCUCUCAGCGCACCUUCUCCCCCCCUCUGUCCUCUCCUCCUUCCCCCUCUCAGCGCACCUUCUCCCCUCCUCUGUCCUCUCCUCCUUCCCCCUCUCAGCGCACCUUCUCCCCCCCUCUGUCCUCUCCUCCUUCCCCCUCUCAGCGCACCUUCUCCCCCCCUCUGUCCUCUCCUCCUUCCCCCUCUCAGCGCACCUUCUCCCCCCCUCUGUCCUCUCCUCCUUCCCCCUCUCAGCGCACCUUCUCCCCCCCUCUGUCCUCUCCUCCUUCCCCCUCUCAGUGCACCUUCUCCCCCCCUCUGUCCUCUCCUCCUUCCCCCUCUCAGUGCACCUUCUCCCCCCCUCUGUCCUCUCCUCCUUCCCCCUCUCAGCGCACCUUCUCCCCCCCUCUGUCCUCUCCUCCUUCCCCCUCUCAGCGCACCUUCUCCCCCCCUCUGUCCUCUCCUCUUUCCCCCUCUCAGUGCACCUUCUCCCCCCCUCUGUCCUCUCCUCCUUCCCCCUAUCAGCGCACCUUCUCCCCCCCUCUGUCCUCUCCUCCUUCCCCCUCUCAGCGCACCUUCUCCCCCCCUCUGUCCUCUCCUCCUUCCCCUCUCAGCGCACCUUCUCCUCCCCUCUGUCCUCUCCUCCUUCCCCCUCUCAGCGCACCUUCUCCCCCCCUCUGUCCUCUCCUCCUUCCCCCUCUCAGCGCACCUUCUCCCCCCCUCUGUCCUCUCCUCCUUCCCCCUCUCAGCGCACCUUCUCCCCCCCUCUGUCCUCUCCUCCUUCCCCCUCUCAGUGCACCUUCUCCCCCCCUCUGUCCUCUCCUCCUUCCCCCUCUCAGCGCACCUUCUCCCCCCCUCUGUCCUCUCCUCCUUCCCCCUCUCAGCGCACCUUCUCCUCCCCUCUGUCCUCUCCUCCUUCCCCUCUCAGCGCACCUUCUCCCCCCCUCUGUCCUCUCCUCUUUCCCCCUCUCAGUGCAUCUUCUCCCCCCCUCUGUCCUCUCCUCCUUCCCCCUCUCAGCGCACCUUCUCCCCCCCUCUGUCCUCUCCUCCUUCCCCCUCUCAGCGCACCUUCUCCCCUCCUCUGUCCUCUCCUCCUUCCCCCUCUCAGCGCACCUUCUCCCCCCCUCUGUCCUCUCCUCCUUCCCCCUCUCAGCGCACCUUCUCCCCCCCUCUGUCCUCUCCUCCUUUCCCCUCUCAGCGCACCUUCUCCCCCCCUCUGUCCUCUCCUCCUUCCCCCUCUCAGCGCACCUUCUCCCCCCCUCUGUCCUCUCCUCCUUCCCCCUCUCAGUGCACCUUCUCCCCCCCUCUGUCCUCUCCUCCUUCCCCCUCUCAGUGCACCUUCUCCCCCCCUCUGUCCUCUCCUCCUUCCCCCUCUCAGCGCACCUUCUCCCCCCCUCUGUCCUCUCCUCCUUCCCCCUCUCAGCGCACCUUCUCCCCCCCUCUGUCCUCUCCUCCUUCCCCCUCUCAGCGCACCUUCUCCCCCCCUCUGUCCUCUCCUCCUUCCCCCUCUCAGCGCACCUUCUCCCCCCCUCUGUCCUCUCCUCCUUCCCCUUCUCAGCGCACCUUCUCCCCCCCUCUGUCCUCUCCUCCUUCCCCCUCUCAGCGCACCUUCUCCCCCCCUCUGUCCUCUCCUCCUUCCCCCUCUCAGCGCACCUUCUCCCCCCCUCUGUCCUCUCCUCCUUCCCCCUCUCAGCGCACCUUCUCCCCCCCUCUGUCCUCUCCUCCUUCCCCCUCUCAGCGCACCUUCUCCCCCCCUCUGUCCUCUCCUCCUUCCCCCUCUCAGUGCACCUUCUCCCCCCCUCUGUCCUCUCCUCCUUCCCCCUCUCAGCGCACCUUCUCCCCCCCUCUGUCCUCUCCUCCUUCCCCCUCUCAGCGCACCUUCUCCUCCCCUCUGUCCUCUCCUCCUUCCCCCUCUCAGCGCACCUUCUCCCCCCCUCUGUCCUCUCCUCUUUCCCCCUCUCAGUGCACCUUCUCCCCCCCUCUGUCCUCUCCUCCUUCCCCCUCUCAGCGCACCUUCUCCCCCCCUCUGUCCUCUCCUCCUUCCCCCUCUCAGCGCACCUUCUCCCCUCCUCUGUCCUCUCCUCCUUCCCCCUCUCAGCGCACCUUCUCCCCCCCUCUGUCCUCUCCUCCUUCCCCCUCUCAGCGCACCUUCUCCCCCCCUCUGUCCUCUCCUCCUUCCCCCUCUCAGCGCACCUUCUCCCCCCCUCUGUCCUCUCCUCCUUCCCCCUCUCAGCGCACCUUCUCCCCCCCUCUGUCCUCUCCUCCUUCCCCCUCUCAGUGCACCUUCUCCCCCCCUCUGUCCUCUCCUCCUUCCCCCUCUCAGUGCACCUUCUCCCCCCCUCUGUCCUCUCCUCCUUCCCCCUCUCAGCGCACCUUCUCCCCCCCUCUGUCCUCUCCUCCUUCCCCCUCUCAGCGCACCUUCUCCCCCCCUCUGUCCUCUCCUCUUUCCCCUCUCAGUGCACCUUCUCCCCCCCUCUGUCCUCUCCUCCUUCCCCCUAUCAGCGCACCUUCUCCCCCCCUCUGUCCUCUCCUCCUUCCCCCUCUCAGCGCACCUUCUCCCCCCCUCUGUCCUCUCCUCCUUCCCCCUCUCAGCGCACCUUCUCCUCCCCUCUGUCCUCUCCUCCUUCCCCCUCUCAGCGCACCUUCUCCCCCCCUCUGUCCUCUCCUCCUUCCCCCUCUCAGCGCACCUUCUCCCCCCCUCUGUCCUCUCCUCCUUCCCCCUCUCAGCGCACCUUCUCCCCCCCUCUGUCCUCUCCUCCUUCCCCCUCUCAGUGCACCUUCUCCCCCCCUCUGUCCUCUCCUCCUUCCCCCUCUCAGCGCACCUUCUCCCCCCCUCUGUCCUCUCCUCCUUCCCCCUCUCAGCGCACCUUCUCCUCCCCUCUGUCCUCUCCUCCUUCCCCCUCUCAGCGCACCUUCUCCCCCCCUCUGUCCUCUCCUCUUUCCCCCUCUCAGUGCAUCUUCUCCCCCCCUCUGUCCUCUCCUCCUUCCCCCUCUCAGCGCACCUUCUCCCCCCCUCUGUCCUCUCCUCCUUCCCCCUCUCAGCGCACCUUCUCCCCUCCUCUGUCCUCUCCUCCUUCCCCCUCUCAGCGCACCUUCUCCCCCCCUCUGUCCUCUCCUCCUUCCCCCUCUCAGCGCACCUUCUCCCCCCCUCUGUCCUCUCCUCCUUUCCCCUCUCAGCGCACCUUCUCCCCCCCUCUGUCCUCUCCUCCUUCCCCCUCUCAGCGCACCUUCUCCCCCCCUCUGUCCUCUCCUCCUUCCCCCUCUCAGUGCACCUUCUCCCCCCCUCUGUCCUCUCCUCCUUCCCCCUCUCAGUGCACCUUCUCCCCCCCUCUGUCCUCUCCUCCUUCCCCCUCUCAGCGCACCUUCUCCCCCCCUCUGUCCUCUCCUCCUUCCCCCUCUCAGCGCACCUUCUCCCCCCCUCUGUCCUCUCCUCCUUCCCCCUCUCAGCGCACCUUCUCCCCCCCUCUGUCCUCUCCUCCUUCCCCUCUCAGCGCACCUUCUCCCCCCCUCUGUCCUCUCCUCCUUCCCCUUCUCAGCGCACCUUCUCCCCCCCUCUGUCCUCUCCUCCUUCCCCCUCUCAGCGCACCUUCUCCCCCCCUCUGUCCUCUCCUCCUUCCCCCUCUCAGCGCACCUUCUCCCCCCCUCUGUCCUCUCCUCCUUCCCCCUCUCAGCGCACCUUCUCCCUCCCUGAGCCCUAUCCCAGAACCUCUCUUCCUCAUCCGAACUCACUCCACGAUCGCGCCCCCUUCUAUUCGUCGCCCACGCUUCCAACCGUCGCUCCCUUCCAUUCGCCGCCCUCCCUUCCGCUCGUCGCCCUCCCUUCCGCGCGUCGCCCUGCUCGUCGCUCUACCUUUCGCCCGUCGCCCUCCCAUCCGUUCGCCGCUCUACCUGCUACGCGUCGCCCUCCCAUCCGAUCGUCGAUCCCGUCGCCCUCCCUUCCGCCCGUCGCCCUCCCUUCCGCCCGUCGCCCUCCCUUCCGCCCGUCGCCCUCCCUUCCGCCCGUCGCCCUCCCUUCCGCGCGUCGCCCACCCUUCCGCCCGUCGCCCACCCUUCCGCCCGUCGCUCUCCCACCCGCCCGUCGCCCUCCCUUCCGCGCGUCACCCUUCCGCCCGUCGCCCUCCCUUCCGCCCGUCGUCUACCCUUCCGCCCGUUGCCAACCCUUCCGCCCGUCGCUCUCUGUCCCGUCCGUCGCUCUCCCUUCCGCACGCCGCUCUCCCUUCCGCCCGUAGCCUUCCCUUCGUCCCGACGCCCUGCCUCCCGCUCGUCCCCUCGCAAUCCCCGUCUUCCUCUCUCCCCGUCGCCCUCGCCAUCCCUCCCGUCUCCCUUCCCAUCGCGCACACUUGUCACCUUUCCCUGCUUCCACCCAUCCACUUCCCUGCUUCGCCCCACCCCUUCCCUGCUUCCCCCCAUCCCCCUCCCUGCUUUCCCUCAUCCCCUUCCCUGCUUCCCCAUGUCCCCUUCCCUGCUUCCCCCCAUCCCCUUCCCUCCUCCCCCCCAUCCCCUUCCCUGCUUCACCCCAUCCCCUUCCCUGCUUCCCCCCAUCCCCUUCCCUGCUUCCCCAUGUCCCCUUCCCUGCUCCCCCCCAUCCCCCUCCCUGCUUUCCCCCAUCCCCUUCCCUGCUUCCCAUGUCCCCUUCCCUGCUUCCCCCCAUCCCCUUCCCUGCUUCCCCCCCUCCCCUUCCCUGCUUCCCCAUGGCCCUUUCCCUGCUUCCCCCCAUCCCCUUCCCUGUUUCCCCAUGUCCCCUUCCCUGCUUGCCCCCAUCCCCUUCCCUGCUUCCCCCCAUCCCCUUCCCUUCUUUCCCCCAUCCCCUUCCCUGCUUUCCCCCAUCCCCUUCCCUGCUCCCCCAUGUCCCCUUCCCUGCUUCCCCCCAUCCCCCUCCCUGCUUUCCCCCAUCCCCUUCCCUGCUUCCCCAUGUCCCCUUCCCUGCUUCCCCCCAUCCCCUUCCCUGCUUCCCCCCAUCCCCUUCCCUGCUUCCCCCAUCCCCUUCCCUGCUUCCCCAUGUCCCCUUCCCUGCUUCCCCCCAUCCCCUUCCCUGCUUCCCCAUGUCCCCUUCCCUGCUUGCCCCCAUCCCCUUCCCUGCUCCCCCAUGUCCCCUUCCCUGCUUCCCCCCAUCCCCCUCCCUGCUUUCCCCCAUCCCCUUCCCUGAUUCCCCAUGUCCCCUUCCCUGCUUCCCCCCAUCCCCUUCCCUGCUUCCCCCCAUCCCCUUCCCUGCUUCCCCCAUCCCCUUCCCUGCUUCCCCAUGUCCCCUUCCCUGCUUCCCCCCAUCUCCUUCCCUGCUUCCCCAUGUCCCCUUCCCUGCUUGCCCCCAUCCCCUUCCCUGCUCCCCCAUGUCCCCUUCCCUGCUUCCCCCCAUCCCCCUCCCUGCUUUCCCCCAUCCCCUUCCCUGCUUCCCCAUGUCCCCUUCCCUGCUUCCCCCCAUCCCCUUCCCUGCUUCCCCCCCUCCCCUUCCCUGCUUCCCCAUGGCCCUUUCCCUGCUUCCCCCCAUCCCCUUCCCUGUUUCCCCAUGUCCCCUUCCCUGCUUGCCCCCAUCCCCUUCCCUGCUUCCCCCCAUCCCCUUCCCUGCAUUCCCCCAUCCCCUUCCCUGCUUCCCCCCAUCCCCUUCCCUGCUCCCCCAUGUCCCCUUCCCUGCUUCCCCCCAUCCCCCUCCCUGCUUUCCCCCAUCCCCUUCCCUGCUUCCCCAUGUCCCCUUCCCUGCUUCCCCCCAUCCCCUUCCCUGCUUCCCCCCAUCCCCUUCCCUGCUUCCCCCAUCCCCUUCCCUGCUUCCCCAUGUCCCCUUCCCUGCUUGCCCCCAUCCCCUUCCCUGCUCCCCCAUGUCCCCUUCCAUGCUUUCCCCCAUCCCCCUCCCUGCUUCCCCCCAUCCCUUUCCGUGCUUUUCCCCCUCCCGUCGCCCUCGCUCUCCCCCUCCCGUCGACCUCGCUUUCCCCCUGCUCACUCGCAUUCCCCCUGCUCACUCUCUUUCCCUCUGCUCACUCUCUUCCCCCUUUCUCACUCUCCCCCCCCUUCCCCACUCUGUUUCCCCCUGCUCACUCUCUCCUCCUCACUCUAUUCCCCCCUGCUCUAUUCCCCCUGCUCUAUUCCCCCCUGCUCUGUUCCACCCUGCUCACUCUCUCCUCCUCACUCUAUUCCCCCCUGUUCUGUUCCCCCCUGCUCUAUUCCCCCCCGCUCUAUUCCCCCCUGCUCUAUCUCCCCCUGCUCUAUUCCCCCCUGCUAUAUUCCCCCCUGCUCUAUUCCCCCCUGCUCUGUUCCCCCCUGAUCUAUUCCCCCUUGCUCUAUUCCCCCCUGCUCUAUUCCCCCCUGCUCUAUUCCCCCCUGCUCAAUACCCCCCUGCUCUAUUCCCCCCUGCUAUAUUCCCCCCUGCUCUAUUCCCCCCUGCUCUGUUCCCCCCUGCUCUAUCCCCCCCUGCUCUAUUCCCCCCUGCUCUAUUCCCCCCUGCUUUAUUUCCCCCUGCUCUAUUCCCCCCUGCUCUAUUCCCCCCUGCUCUCUCCCCCCUUGCUCUCUCUCUUCUCACCUCCUCACUCCGUUUCCCCCUUGCUCACUCGGUUUUCCCAUUGCUCAUUCUCUUUCCCCCUGCUCACUCUCUUUCCCCAUUGCUCAUUCUCUUCCCCGCUGCUCAUUCUCUUUCCCCUUGCUCAUUCUGUUUCCCCCUGCUCAUUCUGUUCCCCCCCUGUUCACUCCCUUCCCCCAUGCCCACCCUCUUUCCCCCUGCUCACUCCCUAUCCCCCCUUCUCACUCUCUUCCCCCCUCCUCACUCUCUUUCCCCCCUGCUCAAUGUCUCCCCUGCACUCUGUUUUUUCCUGCUCAUUCUGUACAGUUCCCCAGCACCAGGUGUAG